CUGAACCGUCAGUGAUGUGAGCCACUACUUUACAGCAGCUCAGCUGGACUCUGAUCUCACCAUGUUUAUCCACUGUGAGCUGAUAAUACUGAUACUUGUGCUGACUCUUCAUGGUCAAGUUCAUACAGGGGAAAUCUUUGGAGGUCACGAGGCCAAGCCACAUAGCCGGCCUUACAUGGUGUUCUUGGAGCGGAAAAUGCCGGAUGGUCAAAAUAAAUUCUGUGGUGGCUUCCUUCUGAACGAGGAUUUUGUGAUGACUGCAGCCCACUGCCAAGCCAGCUCCAGCACAGUUUUACUGGGAGUUCACAAUGUCCGUAACAAAACUGAAAUACAGAGUAUAUCUGUGGAACAAUCAUUUCCACGCAAAGACUACAACGCAACUGAUUUCAAAAAUGACAUAAUGCUUCUCAAGUUGAGCUCCAAGGCGAAAUUCACCAAAAAUGUGCAACCCAUUGCUCUGGCGGAUCAAGGUGGUGGCCCUCGAUGGCUCCCGAAAUCCUGUAUCGUCUCCGGCUGGGGAAAAACAGACCAGAAAUUAAAAUAUAAGUCUGUUGUUCUCAUGGAAGUCAACGUAACAUUAGUUGACAAUGAGCAGUGUGCUCAGAACAACGUGUACUGCUCUGAGGGAGAGACUGGGCCGGAUAUGGGAGACUCUGGUGGUCCACUGGUCUGUGAGGAUGGAAAGGCGUACGGGUUGGUGUCCACCAAAUUCAAACCAAGCUCAGGUGGGCCGGACAUGUAUUUUUUCGCUAAGAUCCCUGACUACAAAAGCUGGAUCAAAUUGACUAUGACAAAAGCAUAAAAAAGCUCUGGUAAAUGUGACACCUACAUGAUCAAAUCACAACAUUUGAAUUGACUGUUUGUAUAAGAGAGCUGAUAAUUAAGAUGCUAAUAUCACAACUUGUUCCAUAGCAAUGAGACUUGCUUGUUUUACACAGAUUUAAUGAAAAUGUUUAGUCAAAUCACUGAAAAUGUAUGAAUGUGAUUUAUUUCAUUCAAGUGACAUGUUUUGGCUUGUUAUGACACAGCUGCUUUUUUCUGCUGCUGGGGCGAUGAAAUUGAAGUUAAACAAAGCACAUGCAGGUUUUUUCAAGGCUAGACUUGGGCACACAAAUUAAGUCCAGCUUAGAAUCAGAGAAAUAGGUGUAGACUCCAUGCAUCCUGCUCUUACAGUAUAUACAUUACUGCUUUGUGCAUCUUCUUUUUGACUCGAUCAAAUGAGAAGUUUCUUUUUAAACAAUAAACUGCUUCUCUCUCAUUA